AUGGGCCUCACCUGUUUCACUCAAGAGUUCACAACCAUGGUGGCACCGUCCCAGAUGUUCAAGGCCUUCAUUGUCGACUCCCACAACCUCAUCCGGAAACUGGUGCCUCAGGGCAGCAAAAGCAUCGAGUUUAUCGAGGGCAAUGGAGGUGCUGGGGUCAUCAGGCAGACCAAUUUCACCGAAGGUGGCCACUUCAAGUACUUAAAGCACAGGAUCAAUGCCCUUGACAUCGAGAACCUUGUCUACAAGUACACCCUGACUGAAGGCGAUGUCAUAUUCGACAGAGUUGAGAAGGUCGUCUACGAGGUUAAGUUUGAGACAACAGGCGCAGGUGGCUGCAUUUGUAAGAUGACUAGGGAGUACCACGCCAAGGGAGAUGUGGAACUCAGGGAUGAGGAUAUCAAACAGGGCAAAGACAAGGCCAUGGGACUCUACAAGGUUGUCGAGGAAUAUCUCUUGGCGAAUCCCAAUGUCUAUGCCUAA